UAAAACAUGCUUUCAAAGCUCUUUGGCUCAGUCUACUGCGAACAGUAGAACAACUGAUAGUAGAUUCCUUUAGAGUGUCUUUCAAAAAUGAAACUUAUCGUGCCGUUGUUUACUUUUGUGUUACUCUCCAGUGCCUACAAGUUCACCGUUCCUCCUUUUGCGGCAAACUGGCACUUAGCCCAUGAACUGUGUUCAUCUUUCGGUCAAAGACUGGUAACUGUAGAAACACGGGAAAAAUAUGAUAAACUUCAGACUUUCCUCAAAAGCUCGGACAAAUUCACAGCGGUUUGUAUGUUUUGGAUUGCGGCCAGUGAUUUGGCGGAAGAGAACACAUUCUCGUGGUUACAUACUGGCCGUCUAGUAACUUUUGCUAAAUGGUCACCAAAAGAACCCUUUAAAUCGAAAGAUCGUGAAAGAUGUGUCAGAAUGAAACACGACACAGCUACGUUGAAUACUACCGAUUUUCUUUGGGGCGUUAUGCCGUGUACCAAUUCGUAUUAUUUUGUUUGUGAAACUGUUGAAGAUGUCAUCAGUUUUAAUGGAUAGGAAUAUGAUUCGGAAAUUGUGUAAAGGUGUCUAGUCUAGAAGAGAUGCAACAAAUUUUGAAUAAAAGUGGAAUAGGUGUUACAAA